AUGUAUGAAAUGUUCCAAAUCGAACAUCAUGAAUUGAAAGAUAAAGUCAAAUAUAGUUUUUACUAUAUUUCAGAGAAAACUCCAGCUUAUCUUAUGGACGAACACAGAUUGAUGAAUGCAGCCAGUAAUAAUUACCAAGUUACUGUGAUUGGUGGAGCUGGCGGAAUCGGACAACCGCUGUCGAUGUUAUUGAAAAUCAACCGAAUGAUCACGAAACUACAUAUCUGUGAUAUAGCCAAAUUCAUCCCAGGAGUUGCUGUUGAUUUGUCUCAUAUUGAAACUCCUUCAGUAGUUAAGGGGUUCAAAAGCCCAGAGCAGUUGGGAGAUGCAUUGGAAGGUGCAGAUAUAGUUAUUAUGCCUGCAGGUGUUCCAAGGAAACCAGGUAUGACAAGAGACGAUCUUUUUAAAAUAAAUGCUGGACUGGUUAAAAGUAUAAUGGAACAAAUAGCAGCCUCAGCUCCGAAAGCACUGGUAGCAAUUAUCACGAAUCCUGUUAAUUCUGUUGUUCCUAUAGCUUGUGAAACAAUGAAAAAGGCAGGAGUAUUGGAUCCCAACCGUAUUUUUGGAGUUACAACUUUGGACACUGUUCGUGCUAAUACGUUUAUAGCCGAAGCUAAAGGACUUAAUCCGUAUGAGGUUAAAGUUCCAGUUAUAGGUGGACAUUCUGGCGUCACUAUUAUCCCACUUAUAUCUCGAACUACACCAAAAGUAUCUUUCAAUGAAGAAGAAAUUAAAAAAUUGACUGUCAGAAUACAAGAAGCGGGAUCAGAGGUUGUGGAGGCAAAAGCUGGAGCUGGCUCCGCUACACUUUCCAUGGCUUAUGCUGGCGUGAGGUUUGCAAAUUCUCUGCUUAGAGGCCUCUCUGGAGAGAAAAAUGUUAUAGAAUCAGCGUACGUUAUGUCGCAAGUUACAUCUUUACCAUAUUUCGCUACUCCUCUGGUUCUUGGAAAGUGUGGCAUUGAAAAAAACUUAGGAUUGGGAGAACUCAACUGCUUUGAAAAAAACCUGCUUGACAAAGCUAUAUCCGUACUUAAGAAAAAUAUUGAUGCAGGAAUUGAAUUUGCCAAUUUGCCAGAAUGCAAAAAAGAACAUAUGAGUUAA